UGAGUAUAGCAGUAAGAAAACAUUGAUAUUUUAUCUUCCUUGUGCUCUUCUCUUUUCGUGUCCAAAUACAAGUCCUUUUUCCUUGAGGGGACUCUAUCUUCAUCUCAUCUAAUCCAGUACUUUCACUCUCUACUCUACACUACCUUUCGCUCUUCUACUGUGCCUUUCUUUACUCUUGUUCUUGUUGCAGAAGCCGCUGCUUGUGCUUGUGCUUGCGCUUGCAUUGAAACGCAGGGUAGGUGGGAAAACGUGUCGCCUUUCGUUGCUUUCUCUUUUUCCCGCCGCAUGUGGCGGAUUAACAGCUCGCUGCUUCCAUAAUUCACCUCUUCAAAACCAACACUGUCUCCUCUAAGAUUUCCUCUGUUUUUGUUGCUUUAUAGAUUGGAUGGAAGACGCUUGUGAAUUUCGAAAUUGGGCUGAAUUGAUUCCUGAUGCCCUAGGGGUGAUCUUCACCCAUCUUUCUCUUCAGGAGAGGGUAUCAGUGAUCCCUAGGGUAUGCAAAUCAUGGUCUAAUGCAGUAACUGGACCUUACUGCUGGCAAGAGAUAGACAUUAACGAUUGGAGCAACCGAGGCCAGCCUGACCAACUCGAUCAGCUGCUCGAGAAGCUUAUCACGAGAAGUUCUGGAUCCCUCCGUAAACUCAGUGUUUCUGGUCUUCAAACCGAGAGGAUCUUCACUUUCAUUGCUGAAAAUGCCUGUUCCCUCCAAACAUUGCGACUGCCAAGGAGUAGUAUGAAUGAUUCCAUUGUGGAACAGAUUUCUGGGAAGCUUUCUACAAUUUCUUUCUUGGAUGUGAGCUACUGUAUUAAAAUAGGUCCCUAUGCUCUUGAGAUGAUUGGCAAGAACUGCAAGAUGCUAGAAGGGUUGUGUAGGAACAUGCAUCCAUUGGAUACUGCGGGAAAGCCUUUUCAAGAUGAUGAAGCAUAUGCAAUUUCCAAAACAAUGCCUAAACUCAAGCAUCUUGAAAUUGCUUAUCACCUUAUGAGUACUUCUGGUGUCCUUCAAAUACUUGCAAACUGUCCUAACCUUGAGUUUUUGGAUCAAAGGGGGUGUUGGGGUGUUGGACUUGACAACAUGUUUGUAAAACAGAAGUUUCCAAAGCUGAAGGUUUUGGGGCCUUUUGUUCUUGACACUUAUGAGAGUGAUGGCUGGGAUGAUUUCUCAGAUGUGUCAGAUUCUUCUGAUGAGUAUUUGCCUUGGGACUUUGUGGCUGGUAACAUGGGUGAAUACUAUGUUGAUGACAGUGACAGUUAUGAUGGAAUGUGGGAUGAUGAAGCCAGGCUAGAUGAGCUUCAGUUCGGGUUCUAUGAGGGGAUAGAAGAUGCAGGAAUGUAUUGGCCUCCAUCUCCAUAAAGCUAUUACCCUAUGAACAAUUUAUGCUUUUCUACCUUGUAACUAAUGCUUCAGCUUUACUUUUAUGUUUUCUAUGAAUCAUGUGUUUUUUACUUUUAGUAAGUUUGGCUUGCUCUGCCUAAGCAUAACUGAGUGAGAUUGUUAUUGACCUGUCUUAGAUUUCUUUUUCAAGUAGGCAAAGGAAGGGAAGAGAAAGCUUCCUGGUUUCUCAUUUUAGAGCUCUACAUGUAAUUGGAACAUCUGGCUUAUAACAAUAUUGUACCUUCUUGAAAACAUCUGUUUUAUGAGGCUGUCCAAUUGGAUUUCGAAUA